UCUCUGCCAAAAUCAAUCCCACAAUCCCCACACACGCCGGCGUUGUGUUCAUUUGAAUGGCAAGAGGCGUUAGCGCCGAGGUGGAGUUUUCUCUUGAAGCUUAACCAGUUUUUUCACGUUAUUGAAUUUUCACGCCAGAGGAACCCCCUCUUGCUACACUCUCCAAAAUGAAUCGUGUCCCUUAUUAUGGCACCUGGCAGGCGUUGUAAACAACGGGAAGUCGUUAAGGUCAGCUACAAUAAAUCCAAUGGCUUUCUGCGCUCCCGUCUGCAUUUUCCUACUGAAGAGAACAUGAAGCAGGUGGAUUUUAUUAAUAAGGAAGAAUUAAAUGAGGGCAGUUUCCAGGUGCAUCGCAGAGUCAAGAGUCCGGGCAAAACGAAGCGGCCGUCGCCUUGCAAGAGGAGGAGUCGUUCAUCGGUUGAGGCGGGCGCAAAGCUGCACCGGAGCUCGUCAAAUGUAGGCCGUCUCCUUGGCCCCGGCAUGGCCAACAAGGAAAAUGAGGUGACGUGCUCCGAUGGUGUGCGGGGCGUUCACUCCGGGCCGCCGACGAGCUCUGCUGAGGCUUCCAAGAUGGCCGGCGCCAGCUCCAAGUACGCCGACUUUGCCGAGUUAACAAAGGACCACGAAGCGAUGUCUCACAUUCUCUUUGGAAGAGAUCUCCGUCUUAAAGUAGCUCUGACACUAUGGCGAAGGAACGCCAGCGAGUUGGUGUCCUACCUGAUAAGAAUACAAGACACGGGGGUGCUGCUUGACUGCUUGCCCGUCUUAACAAACAACCUUCAAACUGAAGCAUCAAGUUUGUCACUUGGUUGCUGUGUGGACCUCAUGCCUCAAGUCAAAGUGAUACUUUCCAGUAAAUAUGAAGAACACAUAACGGUGGGUUUACACUGGGUUCAGUCCGUCGUCAGAAAGUGGUGGCCUGAACUUUCCAAAGCUGAGAAGAGACUGCGGGGCAGUUGUUCAGAGGACAGGAACAUGGACGUCAUGAAGCAGCGAUUAAAGGACUUGUGGAAGGAAGGAUCUCGGUUAUGUCUGGUUCCUGGAUCUGUGGGAGAGUUGGCGAAAGCCGUUGAAGCUCAUCUAUCUCAACUGCCCUGACGUAGAUGGAUGCAGCGCUCUGCGCAUGUGACUACUACUGCUAAUCAUGGCCGUGUUUUGAACUGAUCAUAUUUGCCAGAGAAAUGGACUCGUUUCAUUCCAUAGACACUCAGAUCUCUUAACAGGGCCUGAACCUGACAAUUCAGACAACUCUCAGCUGGAGCUGGGGACCCCUCUGGUGGAGGCCAGCCAGCCUGCACAGCAAAUGACUGCUUCACAUUGAAGUGGACCGUCUUGUGAAGGGCGACGUUUAGUGGACCUCAUGAGACAGGGCGUUAUGUUGCUCUAUGAAGUGCCAAUGUCUUUGUCUCCCUCUCUCUCUCUCUCUACACCUUUUGUCUAUGUUUUAUGCCUGGUUUCUUUGGAAUCAGGAACUUGAAUCUCCAAGUCUAAGUUAUUAGUGGUUAUUGUUGUUUUUUUGCCACUCCUCGUGAUCUUUGACCGUAAAAUGUCAAAACAAGUGAUUCUUUUAAUUUUCUUUUAAAUAAAUUUCCUUAAAAAAAUACA